AGAUGAUCUGAUGCCCGAGGUGCGACAGGCCAUGUGGGACAUGCGACGCGCGGGCACGCUCUGCGACGGCCUGCUCAAGACGGACGACGGAGGAGAGUUCGCGGUCCACAAGGUCAUCAUGGCCAGCUGCAGCGAGUACUUCAGGGCACUGUUCGGUUGUCGUAAGAACAAGGCAGGCCGUUGCGAAGUUUUGGUUCCCGGAGUUCUGAAGCAGACCAUGGCCAUCAUCGUGGAGUUCGCGUACAAGCGCAUUACGUGGGUGGGCUGCGACAACGUCGAGAGCCUGCUGGAGGCCGCUGACUACCUCUGCGUCAUGGGAAUAAUCAAGGACUGCUGUGACUUCCUUGUCUCAAUCAUGACUCCCGAAAACUGCAUCUCCAUACACAACGUCGCCAAGCUGUACAACUGUUCCGACCUCGCUACGAAAGCUUACAAUUAUCUGAUGCAGAACUUCAUCGAAGUGGCCGAGCGAAGUGAGGAGCUGCUCCACCUGGAGGUAGGCGAGCUGGAGGCCAUAAUGUCGGACGAGAACCUGAACGUCAUCAAGGAGGAGACCGUGUGGAAAGCCGUGAUUCGCUGGAUCGACUUCGACCGCGACAACAGGAAGCAGUACAUCUCCCGCCUGUUCAAGUGCGUUCGCACGGGACUCGUGGAUACGGACUUCUUCGUCGAGAAGAUCAAGGCGUGCAAAUACGUGGCCGAGGACGAGGCUUGCAAGCCCCUGGUCAUAGAGACGCUGCGUUUCCUCUACGAUCUGGACGUCAUGGUGCACAACGAGGAGGUGCCAACGCCCCUGUUCGCCCGGCCACGCAUUCCGCACGAGAUGAUGUUCGUGAUUGGCGGCUGGAUGGGCGGUGGGCCGACGGCCUUCGUCGAGACCUACGACACGAAGGCCGACCGAUGGAUUGACGUAGACAUCGCCGACCCUCUAGGACCCCGCGCAUACCACAAGUGCGCAGUGGUCGGCUACGAGAUCUACGUCAUCGGAGGAUUCAACGGCGAAGACUACUUCAGCAGUGUGCGAUGCUUCAACGCUCACACGAAGGAGUGGCGCUCUGUGACGCCCAUGCACGUCAAGAGGUGCUACGUCAGCGUGGCCGUGCUGGACGAAAUCAUCUAUGCCAUGGGCGGGUACGACGGUCGGCACAGACAAAACACGGCGGAGAAGUUUGACCACCGUACAAACCAGUGGACCAUGAUUGCGCCCAUGCACAUGCAACGCAGCGACGCGUGCGCCACCACGCACGGCGGCUACGUGUACGUGACGGGCGGCUUCAGCGGCAGCGAGUGCCUCAGCUCGGCCGAGAGGUACGACCCGGGGCCAGGCCAGUGGACCAUAAUCGCGACCAUGCGGUUCCGUCGAAGCGGCGUCGGCUGCAUCGGAUUCCGCGACUGCAUUUAUGCCGUCGGUGGUUUUAACGGGUCCUCGAGGCUGUGUUCGGCGGAGAAGUACAACCCGGAGACCAACAUCUGGGUGACACUGCCCAACAUGAACUCGCCGAGGAGCAACUUCGCCGUUGCCGUCAUCGACAACCUCGUGUUCGCCAUCGGCGGCUUCAACGGCGAGAGCACGACAAACCUCGCCGAGUGCUACGACCCCGUCACCGACCAGUGGUACGAGGCCACGGACAUGACCGAGGCCCGGUCGGCCCUUGCCGCCUGCGUCAUUUCCGGCCUGCCCAACAUCCGCGACUACGUCCACCAGCGCCGCGACAACCUGAUGGAGGAGAAGCGCCAGAAGAUGCUCGAGAUCCUCAGGCAGCGCUCCGGUCACCACACGCGGGAUAGCAACAGGAACGACUAGAAAUGCUGGAAGAGGACCGCGGCGUUAGUGUGGGCCCUACGGAGCGUAAAAUUAAUGGUCGAC